UACGGUAGGUGGAUAAGGUAGGUAGGUAGUGGACAGUGGACAGACCGCAAACGCGGGCAUAGUGGACCUUUGUGAACCCAAACACCCUUCCUUCCUUCUGCCAAUUUUCUGGGCUUUCAGUCUAGUCCGGGCAUGCGCCGACGUGGUAGCCCGUGCUCUAAUAAACCAGUAUCCGUAAUUAUGUUGACCGACUAAUCUUCUUUUCCUCGUCUCUCUUCUCUAUUAUAUUUUCCAACCACACACCACACCUUGUCCGCACUCUUCCUUUCAAAAAUCCAAAGAAGAAAGAGGCUUAGCUUAGCUCGUCUCCUCGUCUCUGAAUUCCGCUUCAGUCACAAUGUCCUAUCCCCAGCACCCAACCGAAUCGAACCUGUCGCCCCAAAUCUCUUCGUCUCUGUUUGGGCAAUACUACGGCUCCCCGCCGCCCCCUGAGGGUUACCCUCCUCCCCAGGGCUACCCUCAGGGCUAUCCUCCCCCCGAGGGCUAUCCCCCCCCAGGCCAACAACCGAUGUACUACCCGCCUCAGCCUCAGCCACAGGCCCCGCCUCCCCAGGAAGAGAAGAGCCACGGAUGUCUCUACACCUGUAUCGCGACGCUUUGUUGUUGUUGGCUCUGCGGUGAAGCCUGCUCAGACGGAGCGAAAGGCGUGCUGGACUUGCUCAUCGCACACUGGAUGCGUUACGGGCCGGUGUCGAUCACGCGGGGAAGAAAGGGGAAGAUUGCAGGACCCAGUCUGGGCAUGGUCUGGUCGAGACCUUCGACGUCACAUUUUUCAUCUUUGAUCUCCGUCAUCGGACAUCACAACUACCCACUCGACGAUUCGCUCUCGACGCAUUUUCCUUACAAUGGACGAAAGAAGAGUUCAACAUUGCAUAUUGCAUGA